AGAAGGAUGCCAGCAAGACCUCCUGAUCCACCUUUUCAUGGGGGCAGAAGGGAAGCAGCGGCUGUGGAACCAGAUCAGGGUCCAGUGUGCUUUGAAGAUAUUGCUGUUCGUUUCACGGAUGAGGAGUGGGCGUUGCUGGAUCCUGACCAGAGAGCUCUGCAUAAGGACGUCAUGGAGGAGAAUCGUGGGAUCGUGGCCUCUCUUGAUUGUGAUGAAUUGGAAAUCGAGACCAAAGGUGACCACGAAAAAAUCCCCAGAGAGGAGAAGCCACUAAAAAAUUUGGAGUGUGGAGAAAGCUGCAGUCAGAGCUCCAAUUCCACUUCCCAUCAACAAAAUCUCAUUGGAAAGAUACUCUAUCAGUGCAUGGAAUGUGGAAAGAGCUUCACUCAUAGCUCCUCUCUCACUUCCCAUCAAAGAAUUCACACAGGGGAGAAACCCUAUCAGUGUGUGGAAUGUGGAAAGAGAUUCAGUCAGAGCUCCGAUCUCGCUUCCCAUCAAAGAAUCCAUACAGGGGAGAAACCCUAUCAGUGUGUGGAAUGUGGAAAGAGCUUCACUGAUAGCUCCUCUCUCACUUCCCAUCACAGAAUUCAUACAGGGGAGGAACCCUAUCAGUGUGUGGAAUGUGGAAAGAGCUUCACUGAUAGCCCCUCUCUCACUUCCCAUCAAAGAACUCAUACAGGGGAGAAAGCAUAUCAGUGUGUGGAAUGUGGAAAGAGCUUCAGGAGGAACUCCCAUCUCACUUCCCAUCAAAGAAUUCAUACAGGGGAGAAACCCUAUCAGUGUAUGGAAUGUGGAAAGAGCUUCACUCACAGCUACUCUCUCACUUCCCAUCAAAGAAUUCAUACAGGGGAGAAACCCUAUCAGUGUGUGGAAUGUGGAAAGAGUUUCUGUCACAGUUCCUCUCUCACUUCCCAUCAAAGAAUUCAUACAGGGGAGAAACCCUAUCAGUGUGCGGAAUGUGGAAAAAGCUUCAGUCAGAGCUCCCAUCUCACUUCCCAUCAAAUAAUUCAUACAGGGGAGAAACCCUAUCCGUGCGUAGAAUGUGGAAAAAGCUUCAGUCAGAGCUCCCAUCUCACUUCCCAUCACAGAAUUCAUACAGGGGAGAAACCCUAUCAGUGUGUGGAAUGUGGAAAGAGCUUCACUGAUAGCUCCUCUCUCACUUCCCAUCAAAGAACUCAUACAGGGGAGAAAGCAUAUCAGUGUGUGGAAUGUGGAAAGAGCUUCAUUCACAGCCACAGUCUCACUUUCCAUCAAAGAAUUCAUACAGGGGAGAAACCGUAUCAGUGCAUGGAAUGUGGAAAGAGCUUCACUGAUGGCUCCUCUCUCACUUCCCAUCACAGAAUUCAUACAGGGGAGAAAGCAUAUCAGUGUGUGGAAUGUGGAAAGAGCUUCAUUCACAGCCACAGUCUCACUUCCCAUCAAAGAAUUCAUACAGGGGAGAAACCCUAUCAGUGUGUGGAAUGUGGAAAAACCUUCAGGAAGAGCUGCACUCUCACUUCCCAUCAAAGAAUUCAUACAGGGGAGAAACCGCAUCAGUGUGUGGGAUGUGGAAAGAGCUUCAGUCAGAGUGCCCAUCUCACUUCCCAUCAAAGAAUUCAUACAGGGGAGAAACCCUAUCAGUGUGUGGAAUGUGGAAAGAGCUUCAGGAGGAACUCCCAUCUCACUUCCCAUCAAAGAAUUCAUACAGGGGAGAAACCCUAUCAGUGUGUGGAAUGUGGAAAGAGCUUCAGUCAGAGCUCCCAUCUCACUUCCCAUCAAAGAAUUCAUACAGGGGAGAAACCCUAUCAGUGUGUGGAAUGUGGAAAGAGCUUCACUCACAGCCACAAUCUCACUUCCCAUCAAAGAAUUCAUACAGGGGAGAAACCCUAUCAGUGUGUGGAAUGUGGAAAGAGCUUCAGGAAUAGCUCCAAACUCACUUCCCAUCAAAGAAUUCAUACAGGGGAGAAACCCUAUCAGUGUGUGGAAUGUGGAAAGAGCUUCACUCACAGCCACAAUCUCACUUCCCAUCAAAGAAUUCAUACAGGGGAGAAACCCUAUCAGUGUGUGGAAUGUGGAAAGAGCUUCAGGAAUAGCUCCAAACUCACUUCCCAUCAAAUAAUUCAUACAGGGGAGAAACCUUAUUAGUGUGUGGAAUGUGGAAAGAGCUUCACUGUUAACUCUAAACUCACUUCCCAUCAAAGAAUCCGUACAAAGGUCGGAAAAACCAGUAUACAGCUUUAGGAGCCAGGCAAAUCCGAACCUUUUUAACCAGGCCUUUUUCUUAUUGACAUCUAAUGCUAUUUUAACAUAUGUUUUGUGUUUUUAUGUUGUGUUUUUAUGUUCUAAGCAUCCUGAGACGUGUGGGUGUAGAGAAUACAGCCACUCUUAAAUUCCUAGGGGUCUUUGCCCCCCCAUAAAAUAUUUGAGGCCACGCCCUAGGUUUUCUUUGUGUUUUUUUCAAAUACAACCUUUUAUUCUUCCGCUACUUGCCAUACAAUUUCGCUAUCAAUUUGCCGUUUUAAGAAAUUUUAAAAACCACACAAAGGUCAUGAGAAAAACAAAAUACAAGAAAAUACAAAUGUGGACAGGUCCCAUAUUUGCGGGCCAAACGCAAAAGUUGCUUCAAAGGAGGCUUUCCCAAACUUGGGUCCCCUGCAGCUCCCGGGACUAUAGUUUCCAUCAUCCCUCCCCAUUGGUCCUGCUAGCUAGGGAUGAUGGGAGUUGUAGUCCAAAAACAGCUUUCUGCUCCACCUAGAGUACCCACAGAAUUUUGGCUUCUACUGGCAACACACAUAGGAGAACAAAUGAAAGACAAACUUGGAAAGGGCCAUACCAAAUGGACAUCCGGUGUGAAGAGGUCACUAUCCCCACUGCUGAACAAUGCCACAGGUAGAGGAGAUGGAAUGCUAGAAGUGUUCUCCGGGGCAAGGGGAGCUGCUGGGAAAUUGAGCUACGGGCUCAAAAUAUUACUUUUUUAAAAAGUCGCUGCCAUUAUAGACCUUGCCAUUCAAAUGGUGUGCAUGCAUCAUGUGAUUGAUAGUGCAAGGCGGACCUUACCUGGCCCCCCACCAAUAUUUUAUUCAAGUCGGCACCACUGGGUCGGGUGGUUUACAAAUUAAAUAAAUACAUAAUCGCCUCCCUUUGCACAUGUUCCAGCUUGUCUAUAUCCUCAUUUAUCCUUUUUAAAAUUUAUUUGCCCUUCAUCUGAAGAUUUUACAAUAUAAACAUACAGGAUGAAAGCAUGGCUUUCUCAAAAACAAGCCAAGCCAGAGAAAUCUCUCCUUUUCUUUUCUUUUUUUGGAUGGAGUUAUAAACUUUGUUGAUCAGUGGA